AUGGGGGGCCCUUUGGAAAGGCGCGGCUCCGUGGUGGAUGCCUCGAAGGGGCUUUUCUGUUCGCCUACGAAGACGGGCGAAGAUGCCCUGCUGGAAGGCGGACAGAUCACGUUUGGGCACCGCGUGCUGCGACCGCUUGUCAGCAAGGAUCCCGCAGAAAACUAUGAUGCGUUUCUCGACAUCCUGAGACAAGCGCGGAAACACUGCGAGGCAGAGACUCUAGAACUGCUCAUGAAUGACAAGGAGCUCCUAUACUAUACUCGAGGCAACCACCACCCCAAGAUCGCCCUCCGUGCGCAGCAGCAGCAGCAACCAAUGCAGCAACAGCAUGCAUCUCAUCGCCAGCAGCAGCUCCUAGCAGGAGCACGUCCCGCGUGGGCUCUACCAGGAACUCUGAUGUCGGCUCUUCAGGCUCAGCAAGAAGUCGAUCCCUUCUCAGUGUUUGGAGACGCCCCUCCGGAGCUGGUGUUGCACGAGGUCUACGACCAGCAACAUUACAGCGCUGUGGGUCCAGCCAUAAGGGCCAGCCACCCUAUCCUCGCGAAGCUGGACAGGCAGAGACUGCUGCUGCCCCCUGCCCCUGGAAACGGCGGCUGCGGCAGCAAGAGCGGCGGCAACAGCCUUCCCACUGUACAGGCGCAACAGCACGCUGCGUCAGGAGUGCCUGACAAGCUGCAUCUAACGCGUGAGAUGUGGGAGGAGGUGUUGUUGCCGGCUCUCCAGAGUUGGUGGUGUGCAGAAAGUGCUGUAGAGCUGGACUGGCGACAGGACCCUCUAACCGCCGAGGACUGCGCCUGGUACCUACAGGCAAUCGGUGCUUCCCGUGAUCUCACCGACCAAGUGACCCUCAAGCAGCCUUGCUUCUGUCCAACACCUCCUCCCCUCAGAGGGUGGAGCUGGACGGAUUCAAGACACCUGCUCCGUACAAAACUUGCCUCAGGGACCCUCACGAAGGCGGCUGGCGAGUCGGGGUGUUCGUGGCCGUCGUUCUCACCCCCGAAGCGGAGGACUGAAAGGGAGAAACACACCAGGGUGUUAGCAAAGCAACGUGAAACGGGGGGACCCGCGAAGCGAUGUGGAGCGGCUGCGUUUGCUGGAGCUGCUGUUACUGUGCUCUCUCCCAUCACUCCAGGAGUCCGCCAUCGUAGACAGCGCAACCGACUUCCUCCCAAGGCAUCUAACGGCACGGAUGCAGCUGUUGGCGCAGCCAGCCGCCUUGUUAAUCGUCUAAGCGGCAACAGCCUUGCUGGGCGAGCAGGAGGCCGCUCACUUUCCGGAGACGCUGCGGUCGACCCGAGACCACAAGGGCAUGGAAUUGGUGGGGAGGCACAAAGGGCCCCCACGGAUGGCAGCAGUCGACAGCUGAAGGAAGGGAACGCUCUGAGGCUGGCUAAGGCCCCUAUCCGUGCUGGUCAGCAGCCUCUCAUCUGCUUUGCAGCAGAAGCCGAGACUUUGCAGGUUCAGUCCACACAGCGAGUGGGUACAAGAAAUCAUUUGCUUUUAAUGCACCGGGCACUUUCUCUAAGAAGCAGUGUGCCCGCGGUGCGGCCCAGACUAGCGGCUGCACUCCCUCGUUUUGCACUGUCCCUAUUCUCCCCAGUGAACGGGGAACCUUGGCAAUCGAAGAAACCCCCCCAGAGAGGGAGGAAAACGAAACACUUUGAAUUCAUGAGGCCACCGAAGCCUCAAACGCUACUUGGGGCGUUAAUGGCAUUACCACGCGUUGGACAGCCUCAAAGAAUGCAGCAGGCUUCAAAGCCCCUGUUAAGACAGCCAGCUACUUACAUGCAUCUGAAGGCAGUCUUCGCAGCGCACAACCGCACGGGGGUAUAA